UAACAAUUGUGCAUUUUUGUCAGAGUCGUUUUUUUGGCUAAGAAAUAUGAGAGUUGUCCGAGUCUUGUCUGCAUUGAUAUUCUUUUCUGGCGUAUUAGCGGAGGUGGAUAGAGAAUCUAACGUGUUUCCUAGAUGGUUUGGAUGGGGUAGUAGUAGUAGUAGUUCAUCAGAUAGUACGCCAAAUGCGGAUUCAAAGGAUGCCACAAGUAAGGUAGCAGAUUCACUAGGUUCGACAGGACUUGGAAAUAAGGCAGCAGAUUCAGCAGGGUUUGGCAAAUUACCAGAUUCAGGGGGUGUUGGACUCGGGAAUAAUGGUGUUGCAGAUUCAAAGGGAAGUGCUAAAGAAGGAUUGCAUUCAGGCCUGGUAGUUGUGAGAUUGAAUGAUGGUACAACGAAAACUACGUCUGGAAAAUUGUUGACAACAACAACCAUUGUGCAAUCGUAUACUACAUCUAUUUCAGGUCCAACUACAUUAUUUGAGAAUGGGGUCAAAUAUGUAGUUCCAGGGCCGACAAUUCUUACUAUUACGGAUUGUCCAUGUACAAGGACAUUGACAUUUAUGACAUCAACCGUUACAAGAUGUGUUUGUACUACAGAAGUUUCGAAUUUUGAUGUCAUACCUACAGAUGAUAUGCCUUUUGUGAAUUUUGGUACUAAAUUGGGCAUUGCGGGAUUUGGGAUGACUUUUGUUACAUUUUUCUUGGUCUUUUUAACUAUGGUGCUGUUGUAGAGUCGUAUUUUUGGGUCUUUUAAUCAUUUAGAUGAAUACUGUUUAG